CGUGCGAUUAGAUUUGGCCGCACGGCCGCUAUCAAUCGAUAGGAGAACAGAAGAUGGCUGCGGGUCUGGUGUGAGGUGGAAGAGAUUGAACACCACUUUAGUGGAGAGUCUUACGAGUUUACACCUGAAAAUAGUACCCUGGAUACAUAGGGCGUCCGUUCGGGCUCAGAGUGCUGGUGACCCUAGCAGUGAAUACAUUAUUCCAGCGGUGAUGGAGUUCCACCGACACAGCCAGUAUAUCCUAGAGCAGUUCAACCAGCAGCGAGAGAUGGGGAUGCUGUGUGACUGCACCUUCAUGGUGGACGGAGUGGUUUUCAAGGCGCACAAGGCGGUGCUGGCAGCCUGUAGCCAGUACUUCAGGAUGCUGUUUGUAGAGCACAAGGAAGUGGUUGACCUGGACAUUAGCAGCUCAGAAGGCCUCGGCAUAGUGCUGGACUUCAUGUACACUGGCAUAUUGAACCUAACCAGUGAAACAGUGGACAGCGUGCUUGCAGUCGCUAGCUUUCUACAGAUGCAAGCUGUCACAGUCAGCUGCAGGGUUUUUAAAUCCCCCCAGAAAACAGGAGCAGGCAGUGUGCAUACUGGUGCUCGGAACACAAGCAGGAUCAAGUCUCUAGUCAAAAAAACAAAUGCUCCAAUGCGAGCGGAGAAGGUCUUGACAUGGGAAGUGCAUCCGCUGUCCACAGGGGAGACGCCAGAGAGCGUGGGGACAGGGCCAGCUGGGAGAUUAACACUGAGGCUCAAACAGGAAGAAGGACAGUCCGCAGUGGAGCCAGCAGGCAUGGAGGUGGAGCAGGAGGACUCUGAGAGCGAGGAGACAGAAGACGUGGAGUCGGAGAUUAAAGUUGAGGUUGAGGAGGAAGAUGAAGAGGCGCUUGUAUAUGUGGAUGAUGUAUGUGAUGUUGAUUACACUCCAGAUAACUCAGUGAAUGAUGCUGUCUCUAAGUCUUGUGGGGUGCGGUGGCAGGGUGGCACAAAGUCCUGCAGGAGAGACAACCCUGCGGGAGAUGACUGGAACCAGACAAACAGAAAAGAGCUGCACAUGGACAGCGCUGAUCCCACAGACCAGGUUACAGCAAACAGGAGAGCCCCCAAGCGAAGGCAGCAGCGGAACCACAGCGAGCGCAUCAAGCAUCGGAAACGCGGGACUGUUGCGCACACCUGUGAGUUAUCACUAAUGGAGCAAAAACAGUCUCAUCAUUCAUCUCUGGACGACGUGAGGUACUUUCUAUCAACAGGACAGUGCCCAACACAUCUGGACAAGACGAAAAAGAUGUCUUUGCGGAAGUAUGCCAAAAACUUCAGAUUUGAAGACACAGGUCUAUUUUACUGUAACCCGAAGAUCAACAACCUGAGAAGAGUUGUCUUCGCCGAAGAAGAAAAGGAGGCAAUCUUCCGCGACUGCCAUGGUCCACCCCACGGAGCGCACCAGGGAAGGAACAGGACUGCACAAAAAAUAUCCUCCAAAUAUUACUGGCAGAGCAUGAUGGGAUUUAUUACAUCACGGAUAAAAGGGUGUGACAAGUGUCAGCACAGGAAGAAAAUCGAGACAGGCCCUGGAGAGGACACCAGUCGCCACAACACAAGUCCGGGAGGUCCUUGGGGUUGACCUGGCAGGCCCUUUGCCAGAAACUUGUUCUGGCAAUAACUGUAUUCUAACUGCCACCUGCCCUUUUUCCAAAUAUGUGGGAAGCAUUUGUUUUGAAGGACAAGACAGCUGUAUCUGUGACAUGUUGUUUUAAAAAAAAAAAAAAAAGUAUUCCUGUGCUUGUGUUACUUUUUACAGUAGUAAUCAUUUGCUGUUUUUUUUUUUUUUUUUUUUUUUAAAUCACUGUCCCAUUAAUUCUGAACUCUACUGUAGGUAAAGUUUGAGAAGUUUGAAAUACUUCUUGGUAAAAGUACACACUGCAGAGCUGUAUGUUAAAGUCCAAUAUAACUGUUUUAAAAACUUGAGAAAAUGUCUUGUCUAUAUAAUAUUUUGCAACUGAGGAGCAACCAGAUUAUCGGACUCUGACUACCUACUGUAAAGUACCAACAUUUUUACACACAUUCUACACAUUUGAUAUGCACUCUGUUGGUUUCACACAGGUACACUUUUCCUAGUAAGUGUGCUGUGUUUUUUUUAGUCUAAUGGUUGCAGUCUACCUACUGUAAAUAACAUUGAGUAUUUGGUUGAUUCUUCACAGCUGCCUCUGUCUGGAUUGUUGGGCACAGUUUUGUGCACUGGGGGGGGAGCAACAUGCCAGGAGAAUGCUCGGGCUGACCCUGCAGCUGCCAAGCACCCCUGUCUGCUGGUUCGGAUGGAGGGGGCUGAGAUGGCACCUUUUUUUUUAAUUUUGUUUAUGAUUUAAUUUUCAAUUCCCCUGUUUCUGAACCCGAUAUCCUGGUGAUCCAUGCUGGAGGCGGUGAUUUAGGAAAAUUGAAAAGCGUGGAAUUAAUUCGAAGGAUGGAAAAAGAUUUAACAAAUUUGCAUGAGCUCUUUCCAAAAACAAAAAUGAUUUUCUCGUGCACCCCCUAGAGAAGUCUUUGGAAAGAUGUAAAAGCAUCUCCAAAAAUGAACAAAGCACGUAACUGGGUGAGCAAUGUAAUUUCUGAUUUUGUUUAGUUUUGGGGCGAUUCAAUACAGCAUCAUGAAAUGAAAUAUGAUCAGGUUGAGCUUUUUAGUGGGGA